GCAUGGCAAACAGUAAAAGCAACCAAAACAUAACCCAAUUUUUGUAGUAGAUGCCUAGUUGGGGUAAAACACUACUUUUAUGUUGCAAUUUUUGCAUCAAUUCCUAUUUUUCCGCAAAUAAUAUGAGCGAAAUCAACGAUUUAGAGCAGGCCCUAUUAAUCGCCGCAGCGGACGCUGAUUCUAGAAACGUUGAAGAGCAAAAUUCUCCAGAAGAGCCCGAAUCAGAGAAAAUACAUUGUAAAGAGGCAGACUUCUACAAAAGUAUAUCCAAAUCCCCAGAAGAACCGGCCAAAGUUGAACCUGUCGAGUCAAACGAAAAACGUACCUCGCCCAGUAAAAAAGAGAGCCCGCGUUCCCAAAAAAGAAAACUUGAAACUGAAGACAGCUCCGAUGUCUCCGCGAAGUCCUUACGGGGAUACGCGAAUGUCGUGGCCACACAUUACAACCAGCUUGCGGAAAAAGGCCUAGGCGAGCGCUCAAAGUCCCGUAUUAUCUACCUGCGCAACUUCCACAACUGGAUCAAAAGCAUGCUGAUAAACGAGUAUCUAACAAAGAUAAAGGACGGUAAAAAGCACAACGCCCCUCUGAGGGUGCUGGAUAUGUGCUGCGGCAAGGGCGGGGACCUCCUCAAGUGGAAAAAAGGGAACAUAACACACUUGAUUUGUGCCGAUAUUGCUUCCGUGUCUCUCGAUCAGUGCAGGGAUCGCUACGAGGAUAUGAAACAACGAGGAUCUAGGGACAGGAGCGGCGGUAGUGUCUACACCAUAGAAUAUAUUCCUGGGGAUUGUACGAGAGUUCGGUUACGCGAGAAAUUCUCUGACCCAUCCAUGAAACUGGACCUGGUCAGCUGCCAGUUUUCGUUCCACUACUGCUUCGAGAGCCUUCCGCAGGCCGAGUGUAUGCUGCGAAACGCCUCCGAGUGUCUCCAGCCCGGAGGAUUCUUCAUCGGAACCAUGCCUGAUGCGUACGAUCUCAUCACACGUGCUAGGAAGAACGGCAGUAACACGUUCGGGAAUGAAGUGUACGAAGUGACCCUGGACUUCGACACCGACAAGCCCGAGCUGUUCGGGGCUAAAUACCACUUCCAUCUUGAUGGGGUAGUGAACUGCCCGGAGUUUCUGGUUCACUUUCCCACUCUAGUCAAACUGGCGAAGAAGUUUGGCUUGAAGUUUGUCAGGCGGGAGAAGUUCCACGAGUUUUUCGAGCGUAUGAAAAACGAAGGCAGGUACUUGAUGAAUACCAUGAGGGCGUUAGAGACGUUUCCUUGUCACGACUCGGGAUCGCUGGUGGGGACAGAGAAGGACGAUUAUACACACGCUAGUGAAUAUCUCAAAGGCAAAGACGGUGUCAGGAUUGGGACAUUGUCAAAGUCCGAAUGGGAGGCUUCUUCUCUGUAUACAACGUUCGUUUUUGAAAAGGUGAAAAAUACAUGGGACAAAAACGGGACUCCUAUUUAUGACAUUUGAUGAAAUGUACCGUCUUUGGUGUAUUUAUAAAAAGGUGUUUUUGUGUUAUAACUAUAAGGAUCAUAGUUUUACAAUUAUUAUUUAUACAUGUGAAAACUGAGAGGUUUGAACUAAUAGAGAAUGAUUUCAACGAUAUUUGUUGAGAAUGAAUCUGGAUUUUACAAGAAGUUGAUGAGGUUUUAUUAUUUGCAACUUGUGAAAAAUUAAUUCCUGAAAAUUCUGAAACUAUUCGAUUGUGAAUUUAUCAGUUUGUUUUAUUUGUAAUGGUAUAUUAUGAAAUAAAAUAGUAAAAUACAAAGUGCUGAAGGUGUU